AUGCAUGCGUGGUCUCCACCAACCCAUCAACUUAAUCCUCGGGACCUGGUCCUAGCCCAUCUAGCCAUGGCCAACACCAUGGCCCUUCUCAGCCGGGGGAUCCCCAACAUCCUAUCUGCUUGGGGGUGGAAAAAAUUCCUGGAUGAGGUUGGUUGUAAAAUCCUCUUAUACAUUUAUCGAGUAUCCCAGAGUCUUAUCAUCUGCACCACCUGCCUCCCGAGCGUCUUCCAGGCCGUCAUUAUCAGUCCUAGCAACUCCCAGUGGGCAGGAAUCAAAACCCAACUUCCCAAGUGCAUUCUCCCCUCCUGCUUCUUCUUCUGGAUCCUCAAUCUGCUGUUUGACAUGACUGCAUUGUUGGUAGUCAUGGGACCUGGUAACAGCACCAGCAUCAAUAGGGUCAUCCUCCUGAAAUACUGCUCUUCCAUCAUUAUCAGUGCAGGCACAAACUUGUUCAAUGCAGUGGUCCUCUCCCUCCGUGAUAUGUUCUUCUUGGGACUCAUGAGAGUGGCCAGCAGCUACAUGGUAUUUGUCCUGUACAGACACCACCGGCAGGUCCCACACUUCCACGAGCCCGGAUGCUCCCCCAAGGCAAUUCCAGACAUCAUAGCAGCAAAGAGAAUCAUUGUCCUGGUCACUCUCUGCGACCUCCUGUAUGGACAGAACACAAUCACCCUGGGUUUUUUUUAA